AUGAACGAACCUUCACAGCCUCCGCCAGUGACACUGGAAGUGAGGCAUGAUCCCGUACCAACGUCUCAAGCUGACUCCCAGCAACGGAAAGUGGUAUAUGAUAAACAACUCGAGUUUCGCAAGAUAGCUGUCUCCACUUGGCUAGCGCUCGGAUCCAUGGCUCACGAAGUCCACUUGUACCAGCUGGCAAUUGAUUCGUUCGAUUUUGCCCUCCAAAAUGAUCCAUUCAACGAGAAGGCUCUUUGUGGACUCGCAGCUGCAUUGAGGGCUAUGGAUCUGGUCAAGGACCAAACAGACGGUACCGCAGCGGCCCUGGAUGUUAUCAACGACCUUUUAUCACGCUCAUCAGAGCUUUACAAAGAUCCAUCUAUCUGGAGAGAAGCUGCCGAAUGCUAUCUACUCUUAAACAACACAACGAAUGCCAUGGAGGCCCUACAAAGAUGUAUUCAAUUAACUCCCAACAACUCUGCAUUAUGGUUACUUAAAGGACAAACAUUGAUGGCCGCAGGUUCCAAACAUGAGGCCGUCGAUGCACUGAACACAGCCUUGGUGAAACUCCCCAAUGACGUUGCAGACUAUACAAAAGAAGAGAUUGACGUGGCCCGUUCCACCCACUCAGAAUUUGCCUCCGUUCUUGCUGCGGAGGGCAACAUCGAAGCUGCCAGGGAUGAGUUGGAGGCCACUUUGGCUCUUCCGCCUCCCUCUUCUUCCCGCUUCACAGAGUAUUCCUCUCUUUGGUGCGCCCUCAUUAGUGCUAAUGAGCGCCUUGGAGAUAUGGCCAAGGCAGUGCGCGUCUGUGAGGAGGCAUCUGGACUGUUAGGAUUCGAGCCAUGCAUAUAUAUAUGCCACGCAUACUUGUUGCUACUACCGAACAGUCACGUAUUUAACCCACAGUCUGCUUGUGUCCUGCUUCGGCAAGUUGUUAAUUCGGAAAGCAACGACUUUCUACCAUGGUUUUUACUUGGUGAGGCUUAUCAAAUGCUGCGCCAACCAAGCGAGGCCUACGAAGCAUUCCAGUUGGCCUUGAAAAGGGCUCCAAACCACACAAUUGUAUGGCUUGCAGUGGGAAACCUUUAUGCCGAACUGGGCCAGCUGGCUGAUGCCCUUAGCGCGUAUAUGUUUGUCAUCAAACGUGAAACAGAACAAGAACAAGAGAGCAAGAUUUUGCUCUCAUUUGCUUGGGAGGGUCUUUCAUCGGUGUACGAAAAGUGUCAUGGUCAGUUGGCUGACUCUAUAGAGGCCUGUAUGAAGUCAAGCAGCUAUGCAAGCCAAGCGGGUGAUAGCUCUCGGGCAAAUUUCUUGAACUCGCGAUUGGAAACUUUACGAAGAGUGGUAUCUGGAGAGAUUCCGCUUUCUGAUUACAGACCAAGCACAUGUUGUCAAUCUCCGUUAUAUUUACUGCGAGAUCUUACUUCACUGAGUAUAUCUGAAAGAGAAAAUUUGGCCAAUGCUUCGUUAGAUGACAUCGCAUCCGCUCCAGAAAUCAAGAGUAGCAGCAAGAAGCGAACUGACACUUCGAGACCAAUGCCUCCCUACCCGUCUCACUCCGCAAAUAACUAUAACCUACCAUCCGAAGAUUCACAGCCACAGCGACAGAACUUACCAGUUCACUCACUCCCUAACGUUCCAUUAGCACAGCAACAGCGUGUGCAUGCUCCGGCAAACAAGAACUUGUCCCCAAGCGCCGAUCAGAGAUUCUCAAUUGCAACCCAUCCUCCUGUUGCCCCCCCACAAAUUUCCCCUCGUCCUGCUUCACCACAGUUACAACAACAACAGCAACAACAGCAGCAACAGUUUCAACCACAAAACUAUCAGCACUAUGCGCCUUCACCAAUGUACCCACCUUCCCAACAAUCCCCAUUCCCUGAACACCAGAAAAGUUUGACUUCUUUCAAUCAAAUGCCGCCUAUUCCUCCACCACCUCCUCCUCCUCAACAUCAGCAACACCCUCAGCAGAUGCACAUUGUACAGCAACAACAUGAACAGCAGCAUCAUCAGCAGCAGCAUCUGCACCCGCAACAUUUGAUGCCUCUCCCUCCGUUACAUCAAGGCCCACCUAUUCCUAAGAUAGAGUCUCCUUCAUAUCGGAAUCAACAGUCAUUCAUGGUUGGGGUGCCCUAUUCGGGGGUCGGUCCUGAUGGAAGACCAAUAUACGAACCGUCUCAAUUCUAUGGGUCACAUCCUCCGGCACGCUUUGUGGUUAACGAAUAG